CUCGUCGAUGAUUCCCAGGCGUUGCGCGUGCAGUGAACAUGCUCUAAAUAGAAGUCGCGAUGUUGACGAUGGUUAUCGCUCUCCGACCGGCGGAAUUAUUUUCCCGGUGCCGACGCUUCCUCACCACUCACGAACCUCCAAAAGUCAUUGAUCCGGGCCCGGAACCGCAUCUCUGGAGCGCAAUUGUCUACGAGGACGCUUGCUACACAAUUCGUGAGAAGCCAAUUCUUUAAUAACGAGUCGUGAGGCGCGCAUACACCCCAGACACCUGUCCACGGCACAUUCCAUCCGGCUCUGCGCCCACAAAUUCGAGCCAACCCCUGGCAUCGCGCCCCAUCGAUCCCGAAUAACAUUCAACCAUGCCUCUUCACAAAGUCCUGUUCUGGAGCGGCUUCGGCAUUGCCGUUCGCUUUUGGCAACUCGGUAUCGAAAUGCGCCCUCUUUUCCAAAAACAAGCACUAUGGGUGUAUCCUCUCUUCGCGACAGUUGGGGGCAGUUUCGGAUAUUGGCUCGAGGGCGUUGACAGCAGACAAAUGGCCAUCUUGGCUGAACGGAAAAAUAGUCUCCUAGAAAAGAGACAAAGGAGAGCAGAGAGGGAGGCUGCGGAGGGCGGCGCGGUGCUUUGAAGGACUGAAGAGAUAGGUGUCUUAGCGAGCUUGUCGUGAGCAAUUUGGGCGAGCACUAGCAUAUCGCUCGACCCUAGGAUGGCUUGAGGUGAGGGAGGGAUUCGAACGACUACGAUAAAUUCAAUAUACUGGGUAUCCUUUUCUAGCGAUACAACCGAGAUGGAAUAUAUAUGAAAGCUGUAUAAAGAAAAAAGACUUUCACUGUUAUCAGUUUUAUUACUCUGGGGAUUCAUUCAUCAUUUUUUCUACAAUAAACAAUCUACCUGUUAUUCAGAACUUUUCAGUCUUUUAGUCUUUGGUGGUCCAAGCUGUUGGUAUUCAAAGAUUGAUCAGAAAUCAUUGAGAUAUUGCGUAUGUACAUAGCCAGCAAAGAAAGCCAAAAUCAAUUGAAGCAAGGCAAAUAUUCAUUGACGUUUGCAGCCACUUACUUCUCCUCUGCUUGUGGGCGGGGUGGUCCUCGUCUGUGGUUCAUUUAGGGCGUUCGUUUCACACCAUGAGGUCGCCCAGUAAAUAAUUCUGGGCUACGAGGGUCAUCUUCAAGCCAGAGGCGCGUGUGGGACUGGUAGCGCUGCGGAAAAGCUGGUUGAUACAAUCCAGCACGGGAGUCAUUGAUAAUAUUAUUUAUCCGAAAAAGGCCACGAGCUUAUGGAUGGAUUGAUAAACUUGUCGAAACGGGGGCUUCUGUAUACAAAUUACCAGGAAGGCAUGCGUAUUAGAUGGAGGAUAUGUUAUUCUCCGAAUAAAAUACUAAGGGGGUAGCAACCCAGCUUGAUUUAACCCAGGAAAAGACAGUUAACCAGUGCUGGAGAUAGAGAACAAGAAGGAAGUUAUGAAGACAAGAAAAAUAUAUGGAAAAAAUUGAGCUAUUCCUAUUAUCAUCAGCUUGCAAAACAUUAAUGGGGUAUAUGUAUCAAGUUAUAAA